AUGCCGGCGCGCGCGGAUGCGACGGGAGUGUCCGGAACGAGCCGGCGUAAGAGCUCGAGCAUGGAGUUCGGCGUGGCGACGAACUGCGCACCGAACGAGCCGGUGGUUUUGAACGGGUACGAGUUCACGUUUGACGCGUGCGCGAUCAAGGGCAAACGGCCGUACAUGGAGGAUCGGUGGUGCGCGGUGUUGGAUGAGGAUGUCGGGGCGUUUGUGUUGGCGGUGUACGAUGGGCACGGUGGUUCGGCGGUGAGCUCACAUUUGAGUAGACAUUUGGCGCGAGAGAUUUUGGGAGAGGAUACGCUGCGGACAGAUACGGAGGGAGCGUUGAAGCGCGUGUUCAAGCGCGUGGACGACCAAGUGUGCUUAGAUAACCCGGGUAAUAUGCGUGGUAUGUUUGGGACGCCGGGGGCGGGGUCGACGGCGAUCAUGGCGGUGAUCAUACCUCCGAAAAUGUACGUCGCGAACCUCGGCGAUUCUCGCGCAACGACGUACGAUAAUCGAGGAUCAGUGACAUUCGAAUCCGCUGAUCAACGCCCGGAUGUACACGCGGAAAAGGAACGAAUAGUAAAGGAAGGGGGCUUCGUAAAACGUGGCCGAGACGGGACGUGGCGAACUGGAGGUAUCUUGGCGGUGUCGCGUGCGUUUGGCAACGCCGGUAUCAAAAAGUUUCUUUCGGUCGAGCCAGAGGUAUCCGUCAUCGAGCUCGACAUGGUGGAUUCAAUGAUUCUGUGCUCAGAUGGUCUCACCGACGUGAUGAAUAGUAAAAUGGCGAGCGAAACUAUGCGUGCGGCGCCGGUUGGCGCGACAUCAUCGUCUCCUUCGCCGGUUCGCACGCGAAGGGUGGCGAACUCGCUCGUAACGCUCGCUCGUGUUCGUCAAAGUAGAGACAACAUAAGCGUAGUUGUGCUUCAAUCGCGCCGAUUAAACGGUGCGCUUGCCUUUCCGUCUUUGGAAACGCCGCUUAGUCUCACGAAGACUGCGUGUAGAACGCCCACGACCGUACAGUACGAUCCGGCGGCGAGCGCGCAAGAAGAUCCGAAUGAGCACUCAGUCAGCGUGUCUCUCGUUGUCAAAUCAGGAAAUAUCCGCGUCGUCUGUGACGCGCGCGCCACAAAAAUGUCGAGUCGUGGCACUCGUUGUGAGGCGUCGGAUGGACUAUCGACGCCGAUGCCGAAUGUCGAUCGUGAAUCAACGCAAGCUAUUACGCCCAUCGGGCUCGUGCAAGCUGAGGCUGUCUAA